GCGGCAGCUGACCCAGCACAGGCACUGCCUCUCCCACAGCCCUCGGAACACACCAUGGGCCCAGAGGCGGGUUUGCAGCACAGCAGCGACGACGCAGGCGGCAGCCCCGACGACGCUCAACUGCCUUCCUGACCGCCGACACCACAGCCCUACACCCCGAAAAACGAUCGCCAUCAACGGCAGGAGACUUUUAAGGGCACCGCAAAACACCUUCGCGAUCGACUCAAGCUACGUCAACAACUAUGGCAGGCGAGGAGCGGCGGGCGGAGCCGGAAAGGGAAGGGUGGGCGCUGUACGUCACGCCCAGGGCUCCGCUACGGGAGGGAAGGCCCCGGCUCGCCCCUCAAAAUGGCGGCAGCAGUGACGUACGUGCGUACGGAACUCCUACACCGUCGCGCCACGGCCGGCGGGAAGUGAGGUUCUCAGAAGAGCCGCCCGAAGUGUACGGCGACUUCGAGCCCCGGGCGGCCAAAGAAAAGGCCCGGGUAGGAAGACAGAUUCCGCUAGAAGGGUUCCGGCCCGAUUCAGCGAAAGAGGAAGUGAGAGAAAGCGCCUAUUACCUUCGGUCUCGGCAGCGAAGGCAGCCCCGACUCCACGAAGCCGAGGAGAUGCAGACGCGGAGAGCUACUCGCCUCCAGCAGCAGCCGCACUCGCCGCCGCCUCCGAUACGACCGUCUCCGGUUACCACCAGAAGAGGAUUACGGGACUCCCAUUCAUCCGAAGAGGAUGAACCACCUUCACAAACUGUUUUAAGCCAAACGGUCACAAAGAAAGCUAUCAGGAGAACACAAGAGACUCCAGUGAUGAGUGAAGAUCCUGUAAUGAGUCUGUGUAGACCCCCUAUAAGAAGCUCAAGAUCUGAAGCUGCUAGUGUCCAACAGAAGGUCAAUUUCUUGGAAGAAGCGGAAACUGAAGAAAAUGAUCAAGACAGCUCUGACAGUGAUGUUACUGUUAAGGUCAGAUCCGGGGAUUCUGUUGAGUCUGGAGACCAAACCACCAGAUCAUCACGUCAAUAUAAAGAAUCACUUUGGCAUUCAUCACAAAGUGGAGACUUCACAGUGUUUGAUAAGCAACCGUUAAUGCAAAGCUCAGGAUAUCAGAAAACUCCGCAGGAAUGGGCUGAACAAACCACAAGAAUAAGGACUAGGAUGCAAAAUGACAGUGUUCAGAAAUCAGAGCUUGGAAACCAAUCUCCAUCAACCUCCAACCAACAAAUGACUGGGCAACCCAAAAGUGCAUCUUCUGUCAAGACAAAGUGGUAUUGGCCCCUUGUUGUGAUAGCCGCUCUUCUCAUUGGGAGUUUUUGGUAUACUCGUCCUCCUGAAGCAGAAACCACUGCUGUUCAAGAGUUCCAGAACCAGAUGAAACAACUGAUGAAUAAGUACCAAGGUCAAGAUGAGAAGCUGUGGAAAAGGAGCCAAACGUUCCUGGAAAAACAUCUUAAUGGUUCCCAACCUCGGCCUCAGCCUGCGAUUUUGCUGCUCACUGCAGCCCGAGAUGCUGAAGAAGCACUCAGGUGUCUGAGCGAACAAAUCGCUGAUGCCUACUCCUCCUUCCGUAGUGUUCCUGCCAUCCGGAUUGAUGGUGCCGGCAAAGCUACUCGAGACAGUGAUACUGUCAAAGAAGAAGUAGAUCAGGAACUGAGCAAUGGAUUCAGAAAUGGCCAGAAUGCAGCUGUGGUCCACCGCUUUGAGUCACUGCCUGCAGGCUCUACUUUGAUCUUCUAUAAGUAUUGUGACCAUGAAAAUGCAGCCUUCAAAGAUGUAGCGUUAGUCCUAACUGUUUUGUUGGAGGAGGAGACUCUUGGAACCAGUCUAGGCCUAAAGGAAAUUGAAGAAAAAGUGAGAGAUUUCCUCCAAGUCAAGUUCACCAACUCUGACACACCCAACUCCUACAAACAUAUGGACCCAGACAAAUUGAGUGGACUCUGGAGCCGUAUUUCUCACUUAGUCCUGCCUGUACAACCCGAAAAUGACCUGAAAAAGGGCAUCUGCUUUUAAAGGAAGGCAGAAGAGAAAAUUAUGUCUUGAGUGCUGAGGAUUUUUUCAAACUUUCUAACCAGACAGCACUCAGAGCUCUUUUUGAAAGAACGGGUUUUUUUUUAAAGGAGGUUAGGUUCUUAGAUACACAUGGAACAUCUGUAUUGUUUAUUCAGACUAAUUAUCUGUUACCUGAAAGACUCAUUUCCCACUGAGAUCUGUGUUAAUGUUAUCUACAGACUAUAAAUUAUAUACAGUCCCAUAGAGGAUCUACUUGGAUUCCAGAGUGAAUCAUUAUUGCUGUGGUAUGACCAGUGGGAGGGAUUUGGCUCCUUCCUAUAAAUCCUCCCCAAUUUUUUAACUUGGAUUUUUUUUCUCACAGAGUUUGUUAUUGGUAAGACAGCUCCCUGAAUGCAACUGUGGGCUUUCCUGUUUUGUUCUCUUUUUACAUCAUUUAGAUGUGAAUUCCUUAGUAAGCUUCUCCUUAUAGGAACAAAAAUAAUGAAAGGCCAUCUAAGUGUUUGUUUGGGUAUUUCUUUCUUUUUUUCUUUGAUUUUGGAGGGCAGGGAAAAGGAGACCAGGGAAAAGUUGUGGAAUGGAGAAGGAAAGGGGAGGAAAAGUCUUCAAGAUGAAAUAUUAAGAUAAGUCACUGGGGGGAUUCCUACAUGGUCUAAUGGGUGGGACUCCAUGCUCUCACUGCCGAGGGCCUGGGUUCCAUCCUUGGUUGGGGGGCUGAGAUUCUGCAGGCCGCCCCAUGCACACUCAGAAAUUUUAAAAAAAAGUCACUGCCACCUGGGGUUCAUCAAACAUAGCUAUAUGAACUCCAUUCUCAGUGAAUUCUGUUGGGACUUUUAUUUUCCUUUAAGAAAUUUUUACUCCUCCCAAGGAUCAUGUAUAUGAUGAGGUUUAGUAUACUUGCUCACUUGGCUCUUAAGAACGGGCAAAUUCAGGCAGUUUAUUUUGUUCAUAUCCUGAAAGUUUUGUUAAGAAAGAUAAUGUCAGAAAUUGGUAAAUUGUUUUGUCAACCAUCUCUCCUCAGUGACUGAAGAGGGAUUUGAUUUUCUGCAUGUCCAUUUGUUGCAGUCUAAGUCCUUUAAUGACACUCUUGUAACAAGUAUAAAGAUUUACUAUGCACAUGAUAAAUUCUAUUGAGUGCCUCAAGCCAAAAAGAAAGUGAAGUUUACUAUAUAUGAAGGAUGUUAAGAUGUACUGCUGUACAUUACUGUACCAUAGUAUUUCAGUUUUAACUUUGCAUCUCUUUACAGCUUUCUCAUCUGUCAACAGCUUUGGUUUUCUUAGAAUCUCAAAAUUCUGGAUCAACUUUAUUUUUUUAUUGUCUACAAACCUUUAAAUGAUAAUAUUGUUUUUAGGGUACUAGAGCCUGUCAGUGGCUUUAUCAUUUACCUUUUGAGAACCCCAUAACUGAUGGUAGAAUAUGGUCUUAUUUCUUCCACUAGGACUACCAAUAUUCGUAAAUUUAUACUCCUUAUUAUAAUUUGUUCCCAACACUAUCAGAAGUCAGAUAUUCUUGAUUUAUAGAGGAUUCUAAAACAAGAAUUUUUGAAAAGGCUUAUUUUAUACAUAUAUGUAUUAUAUGGAGAAACAGAUGUUUUUAUUAACUGUUUCACUGACCAAAAUUUUUAAAUAAUUAAUAUUACUUAUAUCAGGAAAAAUAAUUGUAGCAGCUGAUCUGUAAAUGACUUUAAAAGCUAUUUUAGUAAUUUAAAUAAAUUUACUUUUUUGAUUUGUA